AUGUGGCUAAUUAACCUUUUUACUAAAACAAAAGACAAUGGACGUGAGGAAAGUAUUAACAAAGAUAAGAUUAACGAGGAAUCGAUCAAUAUUUCAUUAAAACAUGUAGAAGAACAAGUAAUUAAUGAUUUGAAAAAUAGAGUUGAAAAAGUAAAAAAGAUACACACAAAAUUAAAAGAAUUACAAAAUAAACAAGACUUACAUUUAAACAAUAACACCACAAAUACCCUAAGUGACAAAGACGAACAAUGCGCGUCUACGAAUAAAAAUGAAAAUAAUUAUAAAAUAGAGGAUAUCCUGAGGAUUAUACCAGUUAUAGAAAAUAAUCUACAAUCCCUUACAGAGAAAGUAUCUUGUUUAUUUAGCUUAUUUGAUGCGAAGCAGCUCAAUGCCAAAACAGUAACUGCUUCAAACUCUUUAAAUAAAAUGAACGGUGUGGUGGAUAAAACAAUACAAACAAACAAAGAUACUUCACCUGGUUUAGUUACUAAAAAAAAUAAAAAAAUGCGUAAAAACAAACGAAGUUUUAUCACAAAAAAAAAAUAUUCUUAUCAAAAAGUUAAAAUUCGAAGAAUUUCUACUAAAAUAAUUAAUAAAGUUGAUCAAAAAGAUCAAGUUAUGAAUGAAGAAAAUGUACCCAGUCACGGUGUUAAGUUAAUUGACCAGUUGACCAAUUUAGAUGGGCAAUUAGAAUCCUUUUUUACAAAAAUACAAUCAGUUUUGACUCAAUGUAAAAUUGACCAAGUAAAAGAAAAAUCGGAAAUUAUGAUUAAUCUGUCCAAACUGGACGAUAAAAUUAACAUAAACUAUACGAAAGUUAAUAAAUUAAUGUCCAAUAUCGAACAGUUAAUUAAACUAAACGAUACUGUCAAUCACGUAAUUCCAAAUCCUAUUGAUAUACUACAAACUCAACAGUCUGUUACUAUUGAUACUCCAAUCUCAAACACUAAUAUUAAUGGCACGUGUACCUCAAAUCGGUGUGUUUGCAAAUUAAUAGACAAUACUAAUAUUUCUAGUGCACAGAUUAUAAAUUCACAUGAUGCUAAAAAACAAAUGAAGUAUGGAGAUAUCAUUUUAUGCGAGUUUUUAAAAGUAAAACUAACUUUGGAAAGGAAAAAAAGAGACAAGCAUCAACAAAUAGCACAGGUUAAUCAGUUUUCAAAUCAAAUCGACGCCAAAACCAACAGCCUUACAUCAUUAUGUUCAAAACAAUCGAAUCUUUUUUCAAAUAUUUGUGAUGGAAAUCAAAUAGACAUCCAAAAAUCUAGUCAGUUAUUAGUAUGUUCAAAAAAAUCAAACCUUCUAAAAAAUAAUGAUAGAAGACAGGAAAACUCAAAAAAUAACCAUUUAACCGUAUGUCCCAAGAAAUCUGUACAUCAUUUUUUUAAAUUUGGUAUAGAAAAUCACACUACAUCAAACCAACAGAAUACAAAGAAAUCAGUUCGUGAAAAAAACAAAAUUUGUGAUUUUCUUUCGUCUCAGCCGAUUCCAGAAUGGAUAAGACUCGAUGAGAAUCUCGUUAAAUCGGAUAAUGUAUGCUGCAAGGCUGCUGCUAAAUCUUCACCAUCAAAUUGCACUUUAAAUGUUAGUAAGUCUUUUAAUAUUGAACGAAUAGUAAACGACAGCCAUGACAAAAAUGAUAUAGUUUACGAAAUUACACAGAAACCCGAUGUUCCAAAAUAA